ACUUUUUCGCGGACCGACAGCGCUUCGGCCCAACUCUCCCACAUGCUAUGUCUGGUUCCUCCAGCGUCGCCACGAUGAAGAAAGUGGUUCAGCAGCUGCGGCUGGAGGCCGGGCUCAACCGCGUGAAGGUUUCCCAGGCUGCUGCAGAUUUGAAGCAGUUCUGUCUGCAGAAUGCUCAACAUGACCCUUUGUUGACUGGAGUGUCUUCAAGUACUAAUCCCUUCAGACCCCAGAAAGUUUGUUCUUUUUUGUAG